AUGUUGCUGGACCAGCUCGAAGACGUAAGGCGCUUUACGCACGAGCUGGGCCCCUCCGUGCGAGAGCUUCAGGAGAUCAGCAAGUUACUCCUGACGCCAUGGUCAGACACGUCUCAUGGCAUCAUCUUUCUCAGCCGCAGCAAACUCAACGUGUGGAGCCAAGCAGAGGCAGACGCAGUCGUCACCGCGCAGGGACGCAUCGCGUUCAACUGCUGCCUUGUGAUGAUAAAGCUCUUUGGGCAGAUCGAGGCAUGUCCAGAGGUGGCAUUGCGGGCGGCGCUGAACCAACCGGAGAGACCCACAGCGUUGGUCCACGGACUCAGAGCUUGCACCAUGAACUCCCACAAGUUCUACUACCCGAGAGACUAUGCCCCUGCCGCAGAGAGGGUGAGGUUCCUCGAGAAACCUGAGGGAGGCGUGAACGCAGAGAACAUCACGAAGCAGCUGGAGGUAAUGUUCCCAAAAUCCAAGCACACAGGUGAGUCGAGCAAAUGGGUGAACUAUGGCAGCCGCACUGUCCGCAGCGAUAGCUGUCUCUCGAUCGGAUUCUUGGGAGCCGGAUCAGCGGAAGAGUGUCAGUCCGGUUGUGAUCGAGUGGACGACAAGGCGUGCAACACUGCAGUCUUCGAAGAGGAAGACGGCUGGUGCAGCUUGUGGAAAUGCUCCCCCUGGGACACUUUUCCACGGCAGCCGGGCAAGGUGCUGUCAAUCAGGACUGAUGUCCCGCCGGACCUGAACAUCAGCUUUCGCCGCGAAGGAAGAUCCUGCAUGGCUCAGUUCACCUUGUGGAUGAUCCCGAUAGCCUCACAGGAAGGGAAUCAGGUGAUCGAGGUGUACCAGGCGUGGCGUUCGAAGCAGGUGACACUUGAACAGAUUGCACAUCUUCAUGGGCACGAGAUGGCCGAGCUUGUGGUCGCUCAUGACUGGGUCGGUGCAGACGGGGCUGACGCUUUGGAGGGGACCGUUCGUGCACGAGAGGUCAUGAUCACGAUACUGGUCUUACCAAUGCGAACGUUGCCGAAUGUGGGAGAUACUCAUCCGGAGAUGGAGAUGGAGUCUGAGGAGGACAGGAAGCGGGGGGACGGGGGGCGAGGGUGCCCUUAG